GAGAACAAUGUGGCCACUUAUACUAGCCAGUGUCCGGACAUAUGCUCCAUACGUUACCUUCCCGUUUGCGGUGGUCGUGGGAAUCGUCGGCUAUAACAUUGAGAAAUUUGUUCGCAAAAACAAACAAUCACCACAAGUACACAGAGUUUUGGAGGAAAGAAAUGACAGACAGCUUGAUCAACAGUUGGGACAGGAAGAUGCAACACAAGUGGCGUCACUGAAAGAUUACAAACCGAAACCAGAAUUUAAAUUUGAAAAAACACUGAGAGCAGAGCGAGAAUAA